UGCCGGGCGGGGCGUGGCGGGAGGCCCCGCCCCCGCGCCCCUCAGAGCGCGGCCAUGGCGUACGGCGGCCUGGCGGUGCCCAUCAUCGUCAUGAGCGUGUUCUGGGGGGUGGUCGGCGGCGUCCUGCCCUGGCUCGUACCCAAGGGGCCGAACCGCGGGGUUAUCAACACCAUGCUGGUGACCUGUGCUGUUUGCUGCUACCUGUUUUGGCUGAUUGCAAUUCUGGCUCAACUCAACCCUCUCUUUGGGCCGCAGUUAAGCAAUGAAACAAUUUGGUAUCUUAAAUAUCACUGGCCUUGAGGAUGUCUGUGCUGUGCUGCAGUUCAUUGACAGGUGAAGAAGAGAUGAAAAACUCCACUGACCCAAAGGUGCCCUUUCCGUAGCUGUUGGACACGAAGCCUGCAGUAAUGCCUUAACCUUUCUAAUGUUCUUCAAGUGGCUUCUUCAAAGUGCUCUGCUUUUUCCUGCUAUUCCAUUUAACAGAGUGCCUAAUGCAAUCUAUACUCCUCUUUGGUACUGUCAAUUUUUGACUGUUCACUCCAGAUGUGAUGAAAACUUCUAUUUUUACGGGUCAUGGAAUCACAUUUCCUGUUUAUUUAGUCUGUGAUAACUCUUUAUAUUUGCAGGUCUUAGCUUGUCUGUCACUGUGCUGUUCACCCAUGUUCUGUUUGCACUGGACAAAAAUGUGUGCAAUAAACUGUGUGAGGAAAGGAAAAACAGUGGUACCACGUGCUGAUGGCGAUUAAUUUUUGGUUUUUUUUUCAAAUGAAUUGUAUUCUUGGGAAAUCUGGCCUUAAAUUUCUCAUGCCUAGAAAUAAAACUAAUCCUCUGCUUGAUACAAAA